AAAAUAUAGUGAAUAAUUUGUGGUUGUAGUUGCAUAGGCGCUUGCGAAAAACGGCUGGAGUAUAAUACCACCGUCUCGCCGACGCCGACUACGACUACGACAACGAACCGUCGUAUAUUUUCCUUCCAUUAUAACAUCUGCACGCAGUUGGGACUAAUAGGAGUUAAAACUCAAAUCGAAGAAGAAGAAGAAAAGAAAUGCCAGGGUUAACUUGCAACGCUUGUAAUAAAGAAUUCCAUGACGAUGCCGAACAAAAGCUCCAUUACAAGUCCGAUUGGCAUCGCUACAAUCUCAAACGCAAGGUAGCUGGUGUUCCAGGAGUGACUGAAGCAUUGUUUCUAGCUAGACAGUCUGCACUUGCUCAAGAGAAGGAUAAAUCAAAAGAGACCCCCAUGCUAUAUAGUUGUGUUCUCUGUGGUAAGGGAUAUCGAAGUGCCAAAGCUCAUGCUCAGCAUCUUAAAUCACGGAGCCACAUCAUGCGUGCUUCUCAAGGAACAAAUCAAGAUGAGGAUAAGGCAGUGAUUAAAUCACUUCCCCAUCGUGUCAUGAGUAACCAUCCCUCACAAAGGGAAGUAGACGAUGAAGUAAGUGAAGAUGAUGAUGAAUGGGAAGAGGUUGAUCCGGAGGAAGAGUUGGUUGCUGAGGCGACAAAGUCAUUAACUGAUUUGAAUGUAAAUGAGGCCUCUGAUGAAGAUAUGGAUGAGGAUGAAAAUGAUCACUUGUUAGAUCCAUCUUGUUGUUUUAUGUGUGAUCAAGAGCAUGAUGACUUAGAAAGUUGCAUGGUUCACAUGCACAAGCGGCAUGGCUUUUUUAUUCCUGAUGUUGAGUAUUUGAAGGAUCCUAAGGGCCUUCUUACUUAUCUGGGUCUCAAGGUGAAGAGGGAUUUCAUGUGUUUGUACUGCAAUGAUAGAUGCCAUCCUUUUAACAGCUUAGAAGCAGUUAGGAAACAUAUGGUAGCUAAAAGUCAUUGUAAAGUACAUUAUGGUGAUGGUGAUGAUGAUGAAGAAGUGGAGUUAGAAGAAUUCUAUGAUUAUAGCAGCAGUUAUGUGGACGAGGAUGGGAAACAGCUGACUACCUCGGGUGAUAUGGCCAACACUGUGGAACUUGGGAGUGGUGGUUCAGAGCUCAUCAUAACCACAAGUUCUGAUAAUAAAAUAUCAUCAAAAACCCUUGGCUCUCGGGAAUUUUUGCGCUAUUAUCGCCAGGAACCACAUCCUUCACCUGCCAAUAGCGGGGCCAUUACAGCUGCACUGGCCUCUAGGUACAGAAGCAUGGGAUUGGCCACUUUGCAGUCAAAAGAGCAGAUGGUGAGGAUGAAAGUGAUGAAGGAAAUGAAUCGAUCAGGUGUGGAGACCAUGCGUACCAAAAUUGGGUUGAAGAAUAAUGUUAUUAGAAACCUUCCCAAGAAUGUUCCAUAUUAGUCUGGGAACUAAUAACUUGUGAUUAAUUUAAUAUUAUAGACCACAUUCUGCUAGAUGUUGAGAGCGUGUGAUUUUCCAUGAAACAUGUUGUAUGGUUUUAUAUGUUACUGUGUGCAAUUUACUAAAUUAACUAGUAGUUUUACCUGUUCAA